AUGUAGUUUUUGGCUUCUAGCUCUUGCCCUGCAUUGCCUGGGCGCUGGGCAAGCAUCAACCAAGUAGGGCUUGCUUGGGUGAGGUGGACGGUAUGGUGUUCUGGGUGCCGGUUUUCGUGGCGGCGGCAGUGUCUGUGUGUGUCGGCGUCAUGUUCCCUCGAGCACCAACGUGGCAGAUCGUGGACAUGAAGUACAGAGGCCUGUCCAUGAAUAUUGCGAGCAUUGGGGUGGACAUGAAGAUCGACAUGGACCUAGAAGUUUUUAACCCGAACUACGUCCCUGCAACGCUGAAAGGCAUCGUGAUGACCAUGUUCCACGAAGACCUUGGGGGGGAGGAGGCGCCGUUCGGGGUGGUAACCUUCGCCGGCGAAAAUGCGGCGAGACUACCCGCGCGGGGCUCCGCAGUAGUGCAGGCACAGAUGGAAGUCGUGUCGCUACCGACAAGCAUGGCGAUGGGCAUUGCGAAGGAUGUUGCUGACGGAGGCGUCAUCGUCAGCCGGGCAUCGGCCGUCAUGGACGUCAAGGUUAUGGGAGGGGAUAUCUUGAUCGAGGCGGACUGCGUGCAGCACAUGCAGGCAGACGUGUUCCCCAUCAAGAUCAACGAGAUAGACUGCAAGUACUACUACAACAACGUUAGGGUGCCGGUGCUGCCUCCAUAGUGGGGCAUCGCCACGUCAUCAUGUCCUUGAGGAGCAACGAAAGUCCUGGCAAGGUUCUCACUUUUUGACAAGGAGAUGCGGGGUUCGGUAUCAAGAUAUCAAGAGCUUGCUUCCGUUCGCCUCGUGGCAGUUGGAUGGUUGUAUCCCAUCCCACCUCAAGCAGGGUUCGGAAAACUCUCCUAGAGGUCUUUCCAGAAUUUCGCUCACUGCAUUGUCAACCUACGAGUGAUUGAAAGAUCGGACGUCCAAGGGAAGCCGGAGGGUAAGUUAGAUAAUUUUGCCAUAUCAGUGAGUGUACAGAACAGCUGGCGAUGAGAGGCGAUUUUUUUAUGUGGUACAAGGAGUUCGUUGAUGCUAACGUUUCUUUUUGGUUCUUGCGGCUGCAGGGCGGGCAUUCGAAGGAGUCGGGGAACGGGUGGCCAUUCCCAUUAUUCGGUGCCAUGGACCCUUGUAUCCUGCUGAGCCAGGGUGGGCCGUCCAUCUCUUGGUCGACCUUGUGCAGGGAAACAUGUUUUGCACCUACAGUAGCCUUGUUUCACCGUGGGGUUGUUGUGUUCGGGGAGUUGCAAUAGGUAGUCUGCUGAAUUGCUAGAAUAUUUUAGGGAAGAUGAUAGCACACUGCUCUUUGGUUUCUUAGUAUGGUGUUGGUGUGGGGGGGCGAGAAUCAUUUACUCGUUCUUCGUGAAAGUUGUGAUGUGAAUUGCCUUGGCAUCGAUACGUUGUGUUUUCUCAAGUUGAUGCUGCCGUUGCUGCGUUCGCCAGGCGCAUGUCGCCAGCGUGUUAUGUGUGGUUGGGCAGACGGAAGGGGAAGCGUGUAGUCUGUCAAUGUGCUCGGAGGUGCUUUGCAGCGGACCGAUUUGAUUGUUGUGCUUGAAUGUAUUCCUACCUUCGUCAGGCGUUCAGGUAGGUGCGGAUGGGUGGAAAAGCAAAAUGUUGUAGCUCUCGUCCACCCUCCAUUGUACCACCUCCUCAAUCCGAAAGAUAAUAAUGUUUAUUUCUAA